GGAUUUCUUUGAUCAUUACAAGCAAACCACGACUCCAUAUUUUUAACAACGGAUGUCGAAUCGCAGACAAAAUGUAUUACAAUAUCAGCGAGUCAUUAUUUGCACAGCGUUAAAAUCGAUUUACUGCAGUGUAGACAUCUGUGCAAGUGAAAUUUGAUGAAAAACGAGUGUAUAAGCUGAUGAUUGAGUUGAGUUGGAGAAUAAUAACGAAUAGACACAGUAGAAUGGUUAUUAUUGCAUGCAUCGCAGCGGUUCUGUAGCCUCCACUUCGGCAAUUCAUCCGAUAUGAGUCUCAAAUUUUUCAUUGUGAGUAGGCUACUAUAUUUAAAAAAGAAAAUGUUUGUUCAUGAGUAGCAUACUAUAUGGAAAAACAGUGUAGUAGGCCAAUCAGUGGAAUUUUUCAAUGCUGCUCCUCAGACAACAGGCUCGUACAGCGUUCGUCCUCUUAUUUCUCCAGCAAUCAUCUGAAGGAUUCCAUCGUAGAGACUGCGGAUAUCCAUACCGAUAUCCUCCCUGUUACAUUCUGCACUAUAAUCCUUAUCAUCAUCAGGGCAUUCUCAGCUGCCCACAGUGUGCUUGCUGCAGCAAUGAUCAUUAUCCCAGACAAGAGACCCAAUCCCCUAUAGGGACGUUCAGCGCACCUGACAUUUCUGUUCAAAAUGAAGUACAUAAUUUUAAAUUAUAUGUACAUGGAAAUAAGAAUAAAGUAGAUGUAGCGAACAAUGAUAUGGAAAAGAAACAAAUCUCACCAUCACAAGGAAAAAUGUCUGUUAAAAAUAUCGUAAACAAUACAAUGAUAGGGUUGUAUGGAGAUGAUAAUGACGUGCGAAUAGCAAAUGCUAAGGUGAACAUGUAUUAAUGGUCAUAUCCUAUCAUUGAAAAAAUCAUGUUAAUUAUCUAAUUCAAAUAUUGAUGUUGACGGUGUUUCACAAAUAAAUAUAUAGGCUAUCA